CAGGACAAUUACUUUUGACCCUGCCUCGUAGCCGUAGUUAGUCCGAACGCUGGCGGCGGGGGAUUGUGGGAUAAGAUGGCGGCCACUGUUCAUCCGCGGCUUGUCCGGGCCUUGCCAAUGUCACGUUCUUCUAUUACUGCAUUAGCCACAUCUGUGUUUCCUGGCCUGCCCCAGCGCCAGCUUCAUCAUGCAGUCAUACCUCAUGGGAAGGGGGGGCGUUCCUCAGUCAGUGGGGUCGUCGCCACUGUGUUUGGAGCUACAGGAUUCCUGGGCCGAUAUGUUGUUAACCAUCUUGGACGUAUGGGGUCACAAGUGAUCAUACCCUACCGGUGUGAUAUAUAUGACACCAUGCAUCUUCGUCCUAUGGGUGAUCUGGGCCAGAUUAUCUUUCUGGAAUGGAAUGGGAGAAACAAAGAUUCUAUCCAAAGAGCAGUGAAGCACAGCAAUGUGGUCAUCAAUCUUGUUGGGCGAGAAUGGGAAACCAAAAACUUUGAUUUUGAGGAUGUUUUUGUGAAGAUUCCCCAAACAAUUGCUCAGGUGUCUAAGGAUGCUGGAGUUGAAAGAUUUAUUCACAUUUCACAUCUGAAUGCUGAUAUUAAAAGCUCUUCUAGAUAUCUGAGAAAUAAGGCUGUUGGAGAGAAAGAAGUAAGAGAUGCAUUUCCAGAAGCCAUCAUCAUAAAGCCAUCAGACAUCUUUGGACGAGAAGAUAGAUUCCUCAAUUAUUUUGCAAAUAUGCGCUGGUUUGGAGGUGUACCUCUUAUAUCCUUGGGCCAGAAGACAGUGAAACAACCAGUAUAUGUGGUAGAUGUAGCCAAAGGAAUUGUUAAUGCAAUUAAGGAGCCAGAUGCCAGAGGGAAAACUUUUGCCUUCGUUGGGCCCAAUCGAUACCUUCUUUUUGACCUGGUGCAGUAUGUCUUUGGUGUGGCUCACAGACCCUUCCUCCCAUACCCUGUGCCCCAUUUUGCCUAUCAAUUGGUAGCACGACUCUUUGAAACCAGUCCAUUUGAGCCGUGGACAACAAGGGAUAAAGUGGAACGGGUUCACAUCUCCGACAUGACAUUGCCUUACCUGCCCGGCUUAGAAGACCUUGGUAUUCAGACCACACCACUGGAAAUGAAGGCCAUCGAGGUGCUGCGACGUCAUCGCACUUACCGCUGGCUCUCUUCUGAAAUUGAAGAUGUGAAGCCAGCCAAGACUGUCAACAUUUAGUGGCCCCUGUGCUGCCCUUGUCUGCUUGGUGUCAUUUGGGUCACCUGGCUAGCCCCCAGGCCACUUUCAUCAGAGAAUCCUGUAAAUAGUGAAUAAGAUUUCUCUAUUAAAACAUCUGAGGUUAUAUUCUGCAACAGCAUUUUCUUUCUUGAUUUAUUAAGUGAUAAAUUCAGCUAAUUAGAAUUGGAUCAUAAUUUUCAUUUAAAAAUAUAUAUUUAAUAAUGCUAUAUAUAUAUAUCAUAUAUCCUUUGAAAUGCUGAAGGAUUUGAAUUUCCCUCUGUCAGGCUACUUCUUUAAUAAGAACCUCUUUUUAAUGUCAAAAUAAUGUGACAACCACAAGUGAUAUGUAAUUGUCUUUACUAUUCACUAAUUGAGAAAAUAUGUAAUGUUCCAUAGCUAAUCUGAAUUUAUUUUUAAAAAUUUAUCUUAAUGACAUUUACAUAUACUUUUAAAACAGCACAUAGGUAUGCAACAUUGUAGACAGAGUCUCAAACUCGGUGCAGUAAUUCCGUAGUCCUCUGCUCGGGUCUGAGCUACCUGAGGUCGCUGUCCCCCUGCGGUCCUUUGCUUGUCCUUUCAUACUUCUUCCUUAGACCAGUGCCAAAGGUUUCCCUUUAAUUUUCUUUGGCUCCUGAGGAAUCCUGUUUAGUUUAAUCUGAGUUACCUGGCGUGAUACUUAAGCUCCGAAUCAAAACGCCACAGUGGCCAGCCGAGCAGGGAGGAAGUGUCUGUGGGCGGAGACCAAGUACGUCCUGAAGCCAGAGGCACUCUUCCUGGUCCUCUGGUCCUUCUGAAUGAGGUCAGGUGCUUGCUUCUCCAUCAUUCUGUUCUUCUCUCCACAAUCUUCAGGUUUUCUGUCUUUUAAGGAAUUAUUUAGUACCAACUAUGCACACAUUUAAUAUAAAAUAUUAAGGUUUGAAUUAACUUCAUUUUGUAUAUUUAAUUUUAAGUCUUUUAGAGGCUGAAGACCUUUACCAACAACUAAGGAAACAAUUGUAUGAUCCCAAAUGUUUUGAAUUCUCUUCUUAAUGUGUGGAGAUUGCGUGUGACCAGGAACUGUACCCUGGGUACAAGAUCUGGGUACCCGCAUCCAGGGUGAUUCUUGUUACAAUAAAAAGGAAUGAGUUGAGUGUCCA